AUGCUUGACGCGUUCGAAGUCCUCACGACAUCUGGGGUGGUGUUAUGGUCUCGAAGCACCUCUGGCAUUGGUGCGACUGCCGUCAACAGUCUAAUCAACGAUGUCUUGAUCGAAGAGAAAGUACGGCCAAAUACCAACGCCGCAGGCAACCCCACCUACAAGUACGACAAGUACACUCUGAAAUACACACUCGUGAAGGACCUUGGCUUGAUCUUUGUCGCAGUCUACCAGUCGUUACUGCACCUCACUUGGGUCGACAAGCUCCUCGACGACGUCCGAACCAUCUUCGUUACAGUGUACAAGGAUCAAUUGCAAAGGCCUAACGCGACUGCAACCAAGUACACCUUCGACUCAUAUUUCGAUCGAGAACUGCAGCGUCUGGAUCAGAGCACAGGAGGGGCAGCUACCGCAGAACCACCGCGAGUAGAAGCACAGGAGAAGAAAAUAAGUCCAGAAGAGAGAGACGACGGAGGACCUCCGCCCCCGGAAGAACCUGCUCUACUCAAGGUGCAGUCGCGUACUGCACCUAUAAAUGGAGAUUCCAGUUUGAACACGCCCGUGGACACGCCCGAUACUUCUCGGCCCACCACUCCGCUUCCGCCGCACCUGCUCGGCGAGAAGCAACGCCCUGGCAGCCGCGGCUCACGGCGAGCAAGGAAAGCUGCUAAUGCGGCGGCCAGUUAUACGUCAUCUGGUGACGAAUCGAAGCGACUGGCCGAGCCGAAGGCCAAAGCCAAGAAGGGCAGAGUUUGGGGACCAGAUGGCAUGGCGGACGAAGAUGAUGGUGCGACUCUCGACUAUUCGGCUGUUGACGAGGGUCUAGAUGCUGGCGACGAGACCAAAUCUCCUCCUCCUGAAGCCAUAAGUCAAGAUAGUUGGGGCACCAAGACGAAGAAGGGUCAAUUCGUGCUGAAGGAUCUGGAGGACGAAGUCGACGACAUUCUGCGAAACGCCGAGAACGACAAAGCGAAUGGCGCUGAUGGUGCCUCUGGCUCGCGCUUUGGAGCAAUAUCUGGCUACUUCCGCAACAUUGUCGGAGGGAAGACAAUGACUAAGGACGAUCUUGAAAAGCCGCUGAAAUCAAUGGAGGAGCAUCUCAUCAACAAAAACGUUGCGAGGGAUGCUGCGAUUCGUCUCUGCGACGGCGUUCGGACAGAGAUGGUGGGCAAGAAAACUGCAGCGUUUGAGUCUGUUGACACAGCUCUUCGUCCCGCCCUUGAGAAUUCCCUUCGCAAGAUCAUGACACCUAAGGGCUCCCUGGAUCUUCUGCAGCAGAUCGAAUCGGUUACUCAGCCAGCGAGCUCCAACGUCAAGCCUCGCCCGUUUGUCAUCACCAUUCUGGGUGUCAACGGCGUCGGCAAGUCAACGAAUCUGUCCAAGUUGUGCUACUUUCUCCUGCAAAACAAUUAUCGAGUGUUAAUCGCUGCUGGCGAUACUUUCAGAUCCGGUGCGGUCGAGCAGCUCAACCUCCACGUACGCAAUCUGAAAGAACUAACUGCACGUGAGCAACUUGGUGCUGUGGACAUAUACGAGAAGGGCUAUGGCAAGGAUGCCGCCAAUGUGGCCAAGGACGCUGUUUCUUACGCCGCAGCCAACGACUAUCAAAUCGUGCUGAUCGACACUGCUGGUCGGGCACAUACCAAUACUCAGCUUAUGGCUGCAUUGGAGAAACUCGUUGAUUUUGCAAAACCUGAUCUCAUCCUGCAAGUUGCGGAGGCACUGGUCGGCAACGACUCGGUGGGUCAGGCACAGAAUUUUACGAGAGCUCUAGGGAAAGGGCGGAGGCUGGAUGGGUUCAUCGUUUCCAAGAUUGAUACGAUUGGAGAUGCAUGCGGCACGAUUGUCAGCUUGGUGCAUGCGACAGGCGUGCCCGUGCAGUUCAUCGGCGUGGGACAGCACUACGGCGACUUGAGGCAGCUGUCGGUGCCGUGGGCGGUGAAGAUGUUGACCAGCUAG